AUGCUUCAGAGCCUUAUUAGGAAUAUCUGGAUCCCCAGGAAGCCCUACUAUUUCCAGGUUGAUCAGGAAAUUUGGGUAGGAAUAGGGCUGAUGUCCUGUGACGUUUUUAAAAAAAGAAGUGCUGAUAAGAUAAAUAAAGCUUUGAAAGACUCAGGUCCUAUACCUGCCCAUGGUCAUUAG